UACUUUUUGGUAUUUUGUUGGUUUUGCUGUUGGUGCUUUUACAAAAAGACUCUUCUUCAUGAGCUAAAAUUCAUUUUCUCCACAUUCACAGUGCUUCCAGUCAUGAUGAGGAGCUCUGUGGUGUUUUGCCUGGCUGUCAGCUUUUCCAUGUUUGGAUUUGGCCUCUCGCUGCAGUGUUACUCCUGCCCUGAUGGCUCCUCCAAAAGCUGUGAAGUCAAACAGGAGUGUGACCAAGGUCAAGACUCCUGCCUCAAACUCACCAGUGGUGAAAUGACCUACACUAGAUGCAUGAGGUACAGGGACUGUGGCUUUAUGACUCUUGCUGUCAGAUAUUCCCUCACUGAGUUCAACUACUCCUGCUGUCAGUCAAACCUAUGCAAUGCCCAAGAGAAAAGUUUGCUUCAGAUGUUUAAGGUUUCUUCAGUUAAGUGAAAUGAAAAGUCCAGAUUUCAGUAUGUUGAUUCUUCAAUGUAGCACUUAAUUGUUGUACCACUGCUGAACAUUGUUAAACACUCAACAAUAAAGUCUUAAUAAAAAUA